AUUUUUUAUCUGUCACUCUAAUUACGUCUUAGUGAGAGCAAAAGAGAGAGAUCCCCGCAAUUUACGAAUUUCCGUUUUCGCGGUAGGCCCCCUGAGUCGAGAAAAGCCGACAGGAGUGUCGGCCCACACCCACAGUGACAUUUCGUCGCGCAAAUUAGUUAGACAAUUCGCCGAUAGAUGGCGCUGUACGCAAUUAUACUUAGGUACUUCUGAUAAAAAGUCUUUCGGCUUUAUAGUUACACGAGAUAAUUCAAAGUUUAUAACUUUUUACGGAACCCUCUGUGCGCGAAUAAAACGAACUUACACUUUACCGGUUUUUUGUCAUGGUACCACUGAAUUAAGACGUCAACGUCAAAGUCGUCAAAAUCAAUCAAUGCUGUCCUGUCCUACUUUUGUGUUCAAUACAUUGUGCUUUCCGAGCGAUUGAUUAAAUGAAAUAAUCUUAAUUUAUGAACAUACAAUGGCAAAACAGCAGGGUAAAGUUUACUUAGGGUACGAAGAAGAGGCAGUGGGUGAAAAAAACCAAACUUUAUUAAACUAUACAGUAAAUAAAAUUGGUGGAUUUCCCGAUUGGCCGCCUCUCGAGAACGUACAGUUUCCUUCCAAGUGUCAAUUAUGUGGAUUGCACAGAAUUUUAAUCGUCCAAUGCUAUGCUCCUCUUGAAAAUUCAGUUUACCAUCGCACUUUAUAUCUUUUCGCCUGUAUUAAUCCUAAUUGCUGGAUUCAAUCAGAAAGUUGGAUUUGUGUUCGAAGCCAAUAUCAAGAUAACUCCAUUAAACAGUCAAGUACAAUAGUGAACUUGCCGUCAGUUGAGACUAAUCUCAGUUGGUGCACCGGCGCUGAUGAAUGGGAUGAGAAUGACAAUGGUGACAGUGCUAAUGGGAACUUUAUGAACGUGGAUAAUGCUCCCAGCCCUAAUAAUGGAAUGCACAGGAAUUCUGAUGAGGAUGAAGAAAGCAACUCCUUAGAAGUGGAAACUGUAGAGCAAGCGCUUGGUAAUCUACACAUGUUUGAUGCACAUAAUGCCAACAUGUCUCCAGUGCAAGGAGCUGUAGGGGCUAUAGGAGUACCAGUGGCCGCAGCAGAGCUGGAGGGCGGCGACGAGCCCGGGCUCGUCACUGUCGACACGCCCACUGCAGCUUCCAAUGACAUAGAAGCACUCCUGCACCAGACGGCGGAGUUACCGCAGGACAUACGAAGCCGAUUGAUGUGCGCUCCAAUGCAGUUUGUGCCCAAAUACAUUUACGUUGAAGAGGAAUGGCACAAGGCGUCCAGCCAAGAUGAUAGGGUGACGGAAUUGCUCAAUAAAUACAAGAAAGAAAAUGAACUGGAGGUGUGUGCCGGCGGCGGCGGCGGCGGCGCGCCGGACGAAGAGCAGUACGAGGAGACGGCGCCACUGCACGGAGACCGGCUCUUCCACGCCUUCCUGUCCCGCCUCAGGAAGAACCCGGGGCAGAUCUUAAGGUACUCCCGCGACUCGGCGCCGCUGCUGGGCGCGCCGCUGGCGCGGCCGGGCGGCGCCGAGUCGCCCGCCGCGCCCGCCGCCUGCGCGCGCUGCGGCUCCCGCCUCAUCUGCGAACUCCAACUCGUGCCAGAAUUCGCUGAAACCCUCUCGCUCCCACCCGUCUCCCACGCGUCGCCACCUCCCGCUCUCUCGCACCUGCACUUCCUGUCGGUGUUCGUGUUUACGUGCGCGCAGAGCUGCUGGCAGCCCGGCGACGCGCUCGUGCCGGAGACCGUCGUCUUCCAGCCUGAAGUUGUUUAAGCGGAGCCGAGCGGCCGGCCGGGAAAAUGUGACAGUAGAAUAAUAUCACUGAAGGCUUUCAAUUCGUUCUUUAGAUGUAGAGAAUCGCCAAUCUAAAAACACAACACUUGAAAGUUUUAUUAUGAUUACUGUUAAACGACGGACAAUUUGCAACACUGUAGCUAUGAUAAAAGUAUGAUGCCUAUUGUUGGCAAUUUGAUAGCCUAUUCCAGACAUUUAACAAAUGAAAUUACUACUGUCACGUUUUGUUGGCCACGCGUACAUUCGCUGGCUUAUUCAAAGUAAGGAUGCCAAACAUGCCUUUAAGGAAGUAAAAGAGAAAAUAUGGAAUGUUGUACCGUUAAAGUCAGACAAUCAAACCUUAUAACUGACUGAUGUUAAAUAGAAACGACCACGCGUGUCCAUUAUUAAAUAAAUAAUGAUAAAAUUAAAGCAGUGAUAACAAUACUAGUCUUCAAUUACGAUUUCUAGGAAGCAUUUUCUAUGUCAUAGAAAUUUAAAAUAAUAAAGUUGUCAUUUCUAUAAUGUCCUCAGUGAUAGGAAUACCAUAAAAUAGUUGAACAAAUAGUCAAUAACAUUUUUUCGUCCACACAACAGUUGCAUAAGCAUUUUCUUAAAGUACAUUUAGUGUCAAGUGUUACUUCAUUUCUAUACUCCAGUAGAAUUAAAAGUGGUCUUUUAUUCUCUAGAUAAUUAGCGAUAUUAAUUUCGUUUAAAUAUUUACUUCUAAAGUGUGAUAAAAAUGUUAUUUAUGUGUGAAGUGAAUGUAUACAUUCAUCUGUGAUAUAUUUUUCGAUAAUCAACUGUAUAAUUUGUAAGUGUAAAGUGUUUUUUUUUUACCAUAUUUGAAGCUUUUUAAUUGUGUAAUUGUGAAAGUAAAAAACCUAUCCAAAUAUUGUUAUAGUGGUGUUCUUAUUAACCUAUAGGUUAAAUGUGUAGUUGUACAUCUUCAUAGCAAACGCUAGGGUAGAUGGUAAGCUAUUGUUAUUUUAUAUCUUACUUAUGUUCUAUAUUUUACAUACUUACCUAUUUGUCGCUAUAUAGUAAGAGAUAUGAUAUGAUAUGACAUAUGUGUCUUCGUUAAUAGUGCUGAACUUCUAUCUAACUCCACACUGUCUUAUUUAUUCAGUAUAUAACUUCCUUCUUUAACUAGAUUGUACAGUAUAAAGUGCAAUAAAAAUACUUGUAUGUUUAAUAAAUAAUGUUUAUGGAGUCUAA